UUUGCUGCAUUUGUCACAGUGUCCAUAAUGUGCAGGGCUUGCAUAUUCAUACAGAAUUACUCCAUUUAAACUUCUCAGGACAUAUUGUUAAAUGGGGAAGUGAUCACCCUAUAGACUAUGACAACAGGAUAUGUGAAUGAAGGAAGUCUUGGAAAAUACCGCUGUUCCAGGUGGCAUCACGAGGACAGCAGAGACGAUGAUGGGCACCCAGAGUGCCACGAAGGAGAUGAAGAGGGCAAACAGCACAGGCUGACCCCAUUUGAGAAAUUGAUGCAGGAUAUGUCUCAUAAUGAAAAGGUGGUGAAAGAAUUAACACUGGGAAAGAGAAUUGCUUUCUAUCGAGUCAGAGGAGAAAUAGGAAGUGGGAAUUUCUCACAAGUGAAGCUUGGAAUUCAUUCCCUAACCAAAGAGAAAGUUGCAAUUAAGAUUUUGGACAAGACAAAGCUAGACCGGAAGACUCAACGUUUGCUGUCCCGUGAGAUAUCCAGCAUGGAAAAGCUGCACCACCCAAAUAUCAUCAGGCUGUAUGAAGUGGUGGAGACACUCUCAAAACUGCACCUGGUGAUGGAGUAUGCAGGAGGUGGGGAGCUCUUCACUAAAAUCAGUACAGAAGGAAAGCUGCUAGAAACAGAGUGUAAAAUAAUCUUUUCCCAGAUUGUGUCUGCUGUGAAGCACAUGCAUGACAACAAUAUCAUUCACCGAGACCUGAAAGCAGAAAACGUCUUCUAUGCCAGUAACACCUGUGUUAAGGUGGGAGACUUUGGAUUCAGCACAAUAAGUAAAAGAGAUGAAACUUUAAAAACCUUCUGUGGCUCUCCUCCUUAUGCUGCUCCUGAACUCUUCCGAGAUGAAAACUAUAUUGGCAUCUAUGUAGACAUCUGGGCACUGGGAAUCCUCUUAUACUUCAUGAUGACAGGCAGCAUGCCAUUCCGGGCAGAUACAGUAGGCAAACUGAAAAAGUGCAUUCUUGAAGGGACAUACACUUUGCCUCCCUGCCUCUCAGAAAAUUGCCAGAAACUGAUAAAAGGAGUCCUUCAGCCAGUACCAACCAAGAGAUACUCUGUCAAACUGAUUAUGAACAGUGAAUGGAUGCAAGGAAUACAGUUCCCCAGACCUUUACAGACAUUUAAACUGGAUCCGAAAUAUUUAUCAGACAUCAGUACACUAAAAGAAGAAGAAAUUGAAGUGAAAAAUAUUCUGGAAGACCUGGGAAUCACAGAACAGCACAUUCAGAACAACCGGGGAAGAGAUGCGCGCAGCUCCAUAACGGGGGUCUACAGAAUUGUGUUGCACAGAGUACAGAAGAAAAGGGCACUUGAAUCUGUUCCUAUCAUGUCCCAGCCAGAUCCAAAAGAAGACAACUCGAGGAACGGAAUCACUCCUUACAGUGGCUUUAAGCACACAUCCAAGCUGUGUUCUAUUUUAUAA